GACAAAUGGCGCAAAUUGUGAAAAAAAUAAGCAUUUGCUCAUGAUCGUUUGCUUUUGUUACUUUGUAGAAUUUUAAGGCGAAUACUUUUGCAACAAAAUGUAGUAUUUUAGAUUCACCGUUCAACCAUGCCAGUGAUCAAGGUACGGGGAGUCGAAAUUGAUUUCCCAUACAAGCCUUACGACUGCCAAGUAAACUACAUGAGCAAAGUUAUUGAAUGUUUGCAAGAGGGUAAAAAUGGUAUCUUAGAAUCACCAACAGGAACUGGAAAGACAUUAUGUUUACUUUGUGCAACACUGGCCUGGAGAGACACAUUUGUGGCUCGCUUGCAACUGAGUAUGAAGGUUCAAGAAAAUAAAGCAAGUGGCCAGUUUUGUGAUGAUUUAGAAAGAAACCUUGGGCAUGCUGCUGAUGGCUGGAUGUCAGAAGAAAGUGAAGCUCCCGAGUAUUCAGUACCAAAAAUCAUCUACACAUCAAGAACCCAUUCACAACUUACACAAGUCGUAAAUGAGCUGAAGAAUACAGUUUACAAACCCAAAGUAUGCGUGCUAGGUUCACGUGACCAGCUGUGCAUUCAUCCCCAGGUUCUUGAACAAGAAACGCACACGGCCAAGAGGCAUUUGUGCCGUACGAAAGUGUUAUCAAAGACGUGUCAUUACUAUAAUAUGCUUGAACGAGAUGAUUCCUGUACAAAAGAGUUGGCAUCGGAGAUUUUGGAUAUUGAGGAUCUUGUUGGACUUGGGAAGAAAGAAAGUCGCUGUCCUUAUUUCAUGUCACGAAAACAAAGGAAAAACGCUGACAUUGUAUUCAUGCCGUACAAUUAUUUAAUCGACGCAAAGUCAAGACAAUCAAACGACAUUGAUAUUUCAAAGAGUAUUAUCAUCUUCGACGAAGCACACAAUAUUGAACAAAUCUGUGAAGCAGCGAUGUCUUUCGAUCUUACCUCGUUUGACAUCGCCAGCUGCAUUGAAGACCUGGACAAGUGUUUGGACACUUUGGCAACCAUGGAAGAAGACGGAACGCUCUCCUUAGUCGAUGACGCUGGAAAUAAAAAUGAUGGAGAUUUGGAUAAACAGGAAGUCGCAUACAUGAAAGGCUUGGUCUUGAAGCUAGAGGAAGAAUUGCAUACUGUAACGUCUUCAUCAUCCAAAGGAAUUACACAUCCCGGCAGUUACAUUUUUGAACUUCUGGCCAAAGUCAAAAUCACUCGUGAAACGCACAGCCAAGUGGUCGAACUAAUCGAGAAAGUCGUUUCAUUUUCCGUUGCAAAUCAAACUGGUGGGGCAAGACAAAGACAAUUUCACUUAAGCAAGUUCGCGGACGCCUUGAAAGUAGUUUUUCGGAACGGCGAUGCAUUAGGUUCGAGCAAAAAAGAGGAAAGAAGUCGUUCUUAUAAGGCAACCAAAUUAAGUUCCUUGUUUUUUUUGGUUCAUGUUCAACAGCAAACGAAUGAUGAUUGGAAGAGGAAGCAACUGGAUGUUUGGUCAACCAGCAAGGCAGCUGGCGGCGACAAAGGCUAUUCCCUGGGAUACUGGUGCUUCUCUCCAGGAGAGACAAUGAAAGAUUUGAUGAAACACGAAGUGAGAUGUAUGAUUUUGACCAGUGGAACACUUUCACCUUUAGACUCUUUUAAAUCCGAGCUUCAAAUCGAUAUACCAGUGGAACUUCAAAAUCCACAUGUCAUCAAGAAACAUCAGAUGUUUGUUGGAAUCCUCAAAACAGGACCCGACUCGGCAGUCCUAAAUUCGUCGUACAAAAACAGGAACAACGUAAAGUACUUAACAAGUCUGGGGAUUGCAAUAGUAAAUUUUGCACAGGUCGUUCCUGAUGGAAUGUUGGUGUUUUUCCCGUCCUAUGGAACCCUUGAUACUGCACUGAAACAUUGGCAGAGUUCUGGUCUAUGGAACCGACUUGAGACAAGAAAAACUAUUUUUGUUGAACCGAGACGAAAAAACGAAUUUACAGAGGCAAUGGAAGGAUUUUAUGAUAAAGUUCGCAAUCCAGAGAACAAGGGUGCUGUGUUUCUUGCCGUUUGCCGAGGAAAGGUCAGCGAAGGUGUCGAUUUUAGUGAUAUCAACGGUCGAGCUGUCGUCAUAACUGGAUUACCUUAUCCCCCGGCUUUUGAUCCAAAGGUGGAAUUGAAAAAACAAUUCCUAAAUGAGGUGGUAAACAAAAGAGAAUUUAAGGGAUUAAAUGGUCAACAAUGGUAUGGUCAGCAGGCAUCUCGAGCUGUCAAUCAAGCCAUCGGUCGUGUAUUACGUCAUAAAGAAGAUUAUGGAGCCAUACUCUUUUGUGACGAGAGGUUCUGCCAAGAAAGAACAAAAGCGGAACUGCCAAAAUGGAUGAAGCCGUAUAUUUCUACAUAUCCGAAGUUUGGGGACCUCCAGAGGGAGUUACGGAACUUUUUCAGACGAGCAACCGAAUUAUGUGAUUCGAGCUGUAUGAAAGUAACGAAGGUAACUCGAGAAGAAACUCUGGGAUGUUCUGAUGAAUCGAAACAGAGCGACACCUAUAAUCAAAAGCCCUUAGGAAGUUCUUCCAGUGUGAAUAAGUGUGUCGCAAGCUGCACCAGGGUUAAGAAUCCUACACAGGGCGAAGUUGUAAGCAAUUGUAAUGGGAAGAAACAGGGUGAAACGUCCGGAAACUCCUGGCUGCUUGACGCUAUGGGUAUGUCUGUUGCAUCUUUCACUGAAGGGGACAGAAACGAGGUUGUUAACAAGGAAAAAGAUCGACAGCAGUCAUCGAAUCAUGGUCUCUUGGACACUUUAGAUGCUCACGAGGCAAAAAUGAAGACGAAUCUUGCUCAGAAAAAGCUAAAGACCUGCUCUAAAUCCAAUUCAUAUAGUCCUGUUGUGGAGGAACCGAAGCAUACAGCUGUUAAUAAGAAGAAACUAAAAAUUGUCCGUAGAUCUCAACCUGAAAAUAUUGCAGAGGAAACGAUUACUCGUCCUGAGUCAGAGCCUCAAACGGUUGAAGCGGAGAAGGAAAAAGCACCUGCCAAAAGCAAAGACCAAGUUGUCAAAGCAUUCCUCACAAAGCUUUACAAAGUUCUUGGGGCAGAGAAGUAUAAAGAAGUGACAGAUGCUAUUAAACAGUUUAAAAAGGAAAACGAGUUUGAGCCGCUUCUGGUUUGUAUGGUAACUGUUCUGUUGGCUGAGAAAAAAUACUACGAGUUAUACCUAGGUUUUACGCCACAUCUUCCAGAACGAUACAGGAAAACGUAUAUUCAAAAAUACUCGGAUAUCACCGGGGAAGAUAUACCUGAAGAAUACGAAAAACGUAAACGGAGUGAGGAAAUGAAUCCCCACAAUAAAAAGAUACGUUCACUUCGAUAGUGAUAGCUAAAUUAUGAAGUUGUUGUGGUUUUUGAAACUUUAGAAUUUGCAACCUCGUACCCAGGGUCUUUUCUCCCCAUGAGUACGAAGUAGUAGAAUUUGGUCACUUUUCUAUACAUAAAAACAAGAUUCGAACAUUCAAACAACGACCAGGUAAACGACAAUAGGGAAUUCCAAACAAAUAGAAACAAAACUUUCAGAAAACAUAUCCAAAUGUAGACAUAUAUAUUUAUAAAAAAUAUUUACAAUUUCAGUUAAACAUGGAACAAAGUUAAAAAAUUCCAUGCACAAAAGCUUUAAUUUCUGCCAAUUUUGCUCUCAAACUUACCAAUUUAUUGCCAAGUUUUAAGGUUUAUUAUAGAUUAAAAAAUAGGUUUAUUAAAUUGGGCAAUUGACUUGGCAACGUUUUGGCAAGCUUCAGAGUGAAGUUCAGAUUUAAACUCUUUGUGAAUUCAUUUAUACGGUUUUAUACUGUAAUCCCUAUCUUACAAGGUGGUAUCAGCCAGCAUAAAUGUAUAUGAAAAAUGCAUGAUAUUUGUUAAAACCGAAGUGAGAUUUGUUUCUACGAAAAGAGUCGACCUCCAUUCUUUGUGCUGACCACCCGAGAACGAUUACUGAAAAACCAUGGGGAUGAAAAUAAAGCUGUAUCAUCUUUUCAGUUGAGAGAUCAAGGGCCGGUUGUUCGAAAGGCGCUUAGCUUAAACGGCGGAUAAGUUCAAAGCGGGGAACAAAAUUAUCUCUUUAUUGGGCAAAUGAGCUGGAAUAUUUCGAUAUAAAUAGUUUAAUUUUCAAUUGAAGUAUAUAUUUAAUGCAUAAG